GAAACCUCAUCAUCCACACUAAUCCUGCAUUGUAUUCUCUGCUGAAUCUGGACUUUAGUAACAUUUCAAUGGUUUGAACACAGGAAGACUUAAACUAAUGCAGCCACGCAUAUCAACUUAUGUUCUUAUAGCAAGAAACAAAAGUGCAGAAUUCGGAAGUGUGCAGUGACGGUGAAGAAGAUAUUUGGUCACAGCAAUUAAAAAUAAUGUGUGCAAGAUCAGUGUGUUUGUGGCUUGGUGUCCUCCUGUGUCCAGCUCUGAGUCAGAGGACUGGCACUCCGGCCACUACAUGGACUGGCAGGCUGUUGGUGGUGCCAAUGGAUGGGAGCCACUGGACCGGGCUUAAGGCUGUGGCAGAGGAGCUGGGUCACAGAGGGCACACGGUAGUGGUGGUGAUGCCAGAGGUCAGCAUGCGUUUGGACUCCGGUAAGCACUACAUAACCAAAAGAUUUCCAGUUCCCUAUGGACCAGAACUACUGGAGGAGCUUCAAGCCCGUAAUACUGAGGCCCUCCAGAGCACAACUUUAUCCCUUAUGGAGAGAAUCAGCUCGAGAAUCAGCAGCUUUAAAAAGUUUGUGCACUAUCAGCAGGCUACCAGUGAAGGGCUGCUAUUAAACCAGGAACUACUGGACUUCCUGAGAGAACAGAAUUUUGAUGCACUCCUCACCAGCCCAGCAGUGCCAACCGGUGCCAUCCUGGCCUAUAAUCUGUCUCUCCCUGCGGUCUACAUGCUCCGUGGCUUACCAUGCGGAAUGGACUCUAUAAGCACAGCAUGCCCUGACCCUCCCUCAUAUGUCCCACGCUUUUUCACCAAAAACUCUGACCACAUGUGUUUCAGUGAGCGUGUGCUCAAUGUGUUAGUGAGCAUGGUGGAACCUCUGAUCUGUAAGGCUAUCUACUGGUCAUUUGAGGAUGUAGCAUCCCGCUUCCUGCAGAGGGCUGUGAGCAUGAAGGAGAUCCUGAGCACUGGAGCUCUAUGGCUGUUCAGAUACGACUUCACUAUGGAGUUCCCCAGACCUCUCAUGCCCAAUAUGGUGCUAAUUGGUGGGUUGAACUGUGCUAUCAGAAGCCCUCUCAGUCUGUUUGAAGUUCCCUACGGUUUGGAGGAUCCACUAAAAUAUGCUGCAUACCAUAGGCCUUCACACUCACAUGUCCGCACUGCUAAGGGAAACCUCAUCAUCCACACUAAUCCUGCAUUGUAUUCUCUGCUGAAUCUGGACUUUACUCUGAGUCAGAGGACUGGCACUCCGGCCACUACAUGGACUGGCAGGCUGUUGGUGGUGCCAAUGGAUGGGAGCCACUGGACCGGGCUUAAGGCUGUGGCAGAGGAGCUGGGUCACAGAGGGCACACGGUAGUGGUGGUGAUGCCAGAGGUCAGCAUGCGUUUGGACUCCGGUAAGCACUACAUAACCAAAAGAUUUCCAGUUCCCUAUGGACCAGAACUACUGGAGGAGCUUCAAGCCCGUAAUACUGAGGCCCUCCAGAGCACAACUUUAUCCCUUAUGGAGAGAAUCAGCUCGAGAAUCAGCAGCUUUAAAAAGUUUGUGCACUAUCAGCAGGCUACCAGUGAAGGGCUGCUAUUAAACCAGGAACUACUGGACUUCCUGAGAGAACAGAAUUUUGAUGCACUCCUCACCAGCCCAGCAGUGCCAACCGGUGCCAUCCUGGCCUAUAAUCUGUCUCUCCCUGCGGUCUACAUGCUCCGUGGCUUACCAUGCGGAAUGGACUCUAUAAGCACAGCAUGCCCUGACCCUCCCUCAUAUGUCCCACGCUUUUUCACCAAAAACUCUGACCACAUGUGUUUCAGUGAGCGUGUGCUCAAUGUGUUAGUGAGCAUGGUGGAACCUCUGAUCUGUAAGGCUAUCUACUGGUCAUUUGAGGAUGUAGCAUCCCGCUUCCUGCAGAGGACUGUGAGCAUGAAGGAGAUCCUGAGCACUGGAGCUCUAUGGCUGUUCAGAUACGACUUCACUAUGGAGUUCCCCAGACCUCUCAUGCCCAAUAUGGUGCUAAUUGUUGUCGGUUCAGUCAUGCAGUGUGAGGGCUGGCGCAGUGUCCAGGCUCCGGGGCUGCUUCUCUGGCUGUGUGCCAGCUGGGGACUGGUACAGGGCAGCCGGGUGCUCAUCAUGCCAGUGGAUGGCAGCCACUGGCUCAGCUUGCAGCUGCUGGUGGCUGAACUGGCACACCGAGGGCACGACCUCCUAGUUCUGGUACCAGAGACAAGCAUUCUGAUUGGAGAUUCGGACCUGUACCGCACGGAGCACUUCCCUGUACCAUACACGCAGAAUGAGCUCUCCUCCAGCUUGCAGUGGAUGACUCAGGGCGUGUUCCACCGCACUUUUCCACUCAUGGAUAUUGUGGUGAGUGUACGCGGGCUACUGAACUUCACAGACAUGCAGGUCAGAGGCUGUGCAGCUCUGCUCUAUAACGAGGCUCUCAUGGAAAGACUGAAACAGGAGAACUUUCAGAUGCUCCUCACCGACCCCUUCCUGCCCUGUGGAACCAUUAUUUCCGCUGCUCUGCAGCUCCCGGCAGUCUACUUCCUGCGGGGUAUGCCAUGCGGACUGGACGUGCUGGCCAUGCAGUGCCCUGCACCCCCCUCCUACGUGCCCAGAUACAAAAUUGGUAGCAGUGACCACAUGGGUUUCGCAUACCGCCUGCACAACUUCGUGAUGGUGGGUGUGGAACUCCUGCUGUGCCAGGUGAUGUACCGCAGCUUUGAUGAACUUGCCACCCGCUACCUGGAAAGGGAUGUGACCUACCGUGAACUACUGGGACACGGUGUCUUGUGGCUGCUCAGAUAUGAUUUUACAUUAGAGUAUCCUAGACCUGUCAUGCCAAAUAUGAUUUUCAUUGGAGGAAUCAACUGUGGAAAGAGUUUGGCCCUGGCUCCAGACAUUGAAGACUUUGUGGAGGGCUCAGGGAAGCAUGGUAUUGUGGUUUUUACACUUGGUUCACUGGUGCGUUCCAUGCCUGUGGAGAAAGCCUCCAUCUUCUUCAAGGCCUUCAGCCAAAUACCUCAAAGAGUUCUAUGGCGAUAUACAGGUGAUGUUCCUGAGAAAGUUCCUGAAAAUGUGAAGCUCAUGAAGUGGCUACCUCAGAACGAUCUACUUGGUCACCCCAAAACCCGUGCUUUCAUUACUCACGGUGGAACUCAUGGUAUCUAUGAGGGUAUCUGCCAUGGUGUUCCUAUGGUAAUGGUGCCACUCUUCGGUGACCAGGAUGACAAUGUACACCGAAUGGCAAACCGUGGAGUGGGUGUCAUCCUGAACAUCCAUGAACUCACAGUGCCGAUGCUGGUCGAUGCUCUCAACACAGUCAUCAAUAACAGCAGCUAUAAGGAGAGGAUGAUGAAGCUAUCUGCAGUGCAUAAUGAUCGGCCGAUAGAACCUCUGAACCUCGCAGUCUUUUGGACAGAAUUUGUCAUGAGACACAAAGGAGCAGGGCAUUUGCGACCAGCUGCUCAUGACCUCAACUGGUUCCAGUACCAUAGUCUGGAUGUGAUUGUUUUUUUGCUUGCUGUUAUGACAAUUGUAGUCACAACAGCGAUUAAAUGCUGCACAUUUUGUUUACAUAGAUGCUACAGGAAGUCACAGAAGUGGAAGGAGGAAUAAACACACAGACAUUUCUAGCUGAACCCACAUUCUCUAUCAGUCUGCAAUAGAGAACCCAUUUACUCUGUAUUCUUAGAGAAAGCAGUUUAGAAUGUAAUUAACUUUCUAAGAAAGUUAUUUCAGGACAUACAAUUGAAAGAAUACAAUUAAGUCUGAAUCACAUGUCCUUAAUUAUGUCCUAAUCACAAAACGUUUCAUGUUUCUUUGAAUUAAUCAGUUUUAGCCUCGGUCAGUUUCAGAAUAAUAAACAUGAAAUGUUGGAUAUACAAUAAAAUUAGUCAUGGUGAUAUUUUUUUGAUCAGUGUCUGUGUUGUCAGUGUUUAAGUAAGUUACUGACACCACUGCUGAGAAGACUUUGAGGUCAUUACCUUUUGAUUUAAACUUAACAGGAACAUUUAGGGCACUGGUUUUGCACCAGUCAAGCUAAUGUAUUCCAUAUUAUGCUUUAUGUGUCACUGAAAGUGAUUGCUUAUUGAAGCAUUCCCGGUAUAGUUCCUCUCAAUGCUAUCUAGUCCUCUCUAUGACCAAUCAGAAUUAUGUUUACAUGACAUUUUAUGUUCUAUUAUAUUUUGUCAUUUAUUAAUAGAGGUUCUGUGUAUGUACGUGAUCUUCCUAAUGAAAAAAAUAAAAGUUCUUGAUUGAUUGAGUGUACUGUUUAGUGAGAUCAAUGAAAUUUUAUUUUAAAAAAUGGCAUAUUUGUUAUUUAAUUUAUGUCCUCACUGAAGAAAAACAACAAAAGCAAAAUAAUUUUAUAUGUAUAGUUUUUUUUUAGAAAUUUAAAUUCAAUACAUUCACAUGAUGACAUUAACAGCUGUCACGCCUGUAGAGUUUCCUUGGCUACACUUCCUCGUAUUCAUGCUAUCAUCGAUUUCCAUGGUUCCCUGUCACUGCCUCUUCAUUGUCUCCAGCUGUUCUUUGUUUGUCUAUCAUUAGUUCACCUAUUCAAACAUGCCCUGCUUCAUCUGCCUUGCCUUGCCUGUUGUGCAUUCUUGCUUUGUUCCCAUCUAGGUUACGCUCUCCCAGUUUUACACAAGUAUUGUCCGGUUAUCCCGUCUUCUCAUGUCUAUCUGCAACUCCCUGGUUUUCCCUUUAGUCCCGUCUUGUUAUGAUUGUCUUCUGUGGUAGUCUAGUCUGUCUCUUGUAUAACUAAGUAUCCUGGUUCUGUGCAUUCCCCUUCCUUUGGCUUUUGUCAUGCUUGUUAGUUAUGCUAUCGUAUCUUAGGUUUAUGCUUCAUUGUUGCGCUAUCAUUAGUUAUGGCUUUGUAUUUAGUGUCCUGUAAUCAUUCCUGUCCCUUUAGACUGUAUGUCUGUUCUAUUCUGGAUGUUUUGUAUUUCUGGUUGUUUGUUAUCUAUAUUAAAUUUGCUCUUAGUUUC